GGUGCUAUCGAUUGAUUCCUGUCGAGGAGGCAAGACGUGGUCUUAUUGCUACUCGUUCGACGCAAUCGAAUUUGGAAUCAUGGAGUUUUUUUUCCAUGUCAUCGUUUUUGCUUUCGCUUUUCGUGCUUCUUCCGCUGAACCAUCGACUUACCAAGUUGGCGUGGGAAUUGCCGAUGUUACUGGACCUGCGGCUGACAUUAACAUGAUGGGAUACGCGCAGCCAGCACAAAAAUCUGCAGGAAUCCACACGCGCCAAUAUUCGCGAGCGUUUGUUAUUGACGACGAAAUAAACCGCGUCGCAUUUGUUAGCGUGGAUUGCGCUUUGAUGGAUCAAGUCAUCAAAACAGAAGUUGUGAAGCGAUUGGAGGUGGAAUUACCCGGAAUUUACUCGCACAAAAACGUUGUUCUAAGCGGAACACACACGCACUCAGGGCCUGGUGGAUAUCUUCAAUAUGUCCUCUUUCUCAUUACCAGCAAAGGCUGGGUUCAACAAUCUUUCGAUGCUUUGGUCGAGGGCAUCGUUAAGAGUAUUGUCUUCGCCAGCAAAAAUAUGCAAUCUGCAAACAUUUUUUAUUCACAAGAUAUAUUAGUUGACGCCAACAUUAAUCGUAGCCCUGCCUCUUACCUAAAUAAUCCGGCACCCGAAAGAGCCAAGUAUACAUACAACACGGACAAGGAUAUGAUUCAGCUCAAAUUCGUUUCAACCGCCGGUCAAGACAUGGGCAUUAUAAACUGGUAUGCCGUUCAUUGUACCAGCAUGAAUAACACCAAUCCCUUCAUUUCGUCGGACAACAAAGGUUACGCAGGAUUGCUGUUUGAGGGUGCUGUUAACGGAGUUGAUAUAAUGCCAGGAAAAGGACCAUUUGUGGCAGCUUUCGCUAGUUCGAACCUAGGAGAUGUUUCUCCCAACACAAUGGGAGCGAAAUGCAUCGACACGGGGCUUCCAUGUGAUUUUGUUAGCUCUACGUGCAAUGGUAGGACACAGAAAUGCAUCGCCUUCGGACCCGGGAAAGAUAUGGUCGAUAGCACCCGAAUUAUUGGAGAAAAACAGUUUCAGAAAGCUUGGGGCAUGUUUGAAAAAGACAAUUCACAGUUAGAGGCGCUGGAAGGCCCAGUUCAGUAUACCCAUCAGUUUGUCAACAUGACCGACUAUCAGGUUGAAAUCGAUGAUCCUGUCAACGGACCAACUAUGACAAAAUUGUGCAAGCCGGCCAUGGGAUACAGUUUCGCAGCGGGGACUACAGACGGACCAGGAGCCUUCGAUUUCACGCAGGGAACGACUUCUGAAAACAGUUUUUGGAACCUCGUGGGUUCGGCAUUGGUUAAACCGAGUGAAGACGUCAAGCGAUGUCAUUCACCCAAACCAGUUUUGCUUUCUACUGGAGAGAUUACGUGGCCGUACGACUGGCAUCCUAGCAUCGUGGAAACACAAGUCUUACGAAUCGGACAGCUGCUCAUCGCAGCAGUUCCGGGUGAAUUUACUACCAUGGCAGGAAGAAGGCUCCGGGAAGCUCUCAAUGCCGAAGCUAGUAACAAUGGAGGAGGGUCCAACGUUAAAACGGUCAUUGCCGGACUCUCUAACGUCUAUACUCAUUACAUCACCACUUUCGAAGAAUAUCAGGUCCAACGGUACGAAGGUGCGUCAACAAUUUAUGGUCCACACACUCUGUCCGCUUAUCUGGACCAGUACAAGAAAUUGACGCGAGCUAUUUUCAAGAAUGAGAUCUUGUCUGAUGGUCCACCACCACCAUUUUUAUUGGAUAAGCAAAUUUCCCUCGUACCUGGCGUCGUUUUUGAUAAACCGGCGUUCAAGCGCCUAUUCGGUGAUUGCGUCGUACAGCCGUAUCCAUUUGUACGACCUAGCGAGACCGUGACAGCGACAUUCGUUGCUGGGCAUCCUCGUAACAAUCUAAUGCUGGAGGAUACAUUUAUGAAGGUGGAGGCCAAGCAGACUGAUGGUUCUUGGAAAGUCAUCCGAACCGACGCCCAUUUUGAUACAUUCUUCUUUUGGGAAAGAACAUCAGGCGUUGGACAGAGCGAAGCCCACCUACGCUGGAUAGUGCCAGCCGAUACUCCAGAAGGCGAGUAUCGUAUUUCACACUUCGGAUAUUAUAAAAAAAUAAAUGGCAAAGGUGUUGCUUACAACGGGACUACCCAAUCCUUUAUGGUAGGAGCCUAGUAGCUGAUGACGAGGUAAC